AUGGAGAGAGAGAAUAAAAGACAUUUCAGAGGAGAGGCCCAAUCCCAGCUAGUGAGCAAUGAUUCCACAUUGGGUAAUGGUCGCCAAAUACCAAGUAAACCUAAGAAUUCAAGAAAAGAUAAAAAUCAAAGUACUGAGACCCUACAGAGUCAAAAUCAACUUCCAGAGGAGACAGACCUGAAAUACAAAAAUAUAUAUUGGUCUCUAUUUGAUGGAACUCUUCAGAGAAGCUGGAAAUAUACAGAACAUGGUUCUCCAAACUAUUAUGAUUUUUUAAAAGAAUAUUCCGUGUCGUUCUAUUUAUUCUAUGCAAGGGCUAUUGGUUUGACAUCGGAAAGAUUUGAGAAAUCAACCACUGUGUUGGUAUUGAUAAUCUUAAUACUGGGUUUCGUAGGAAAUAUUGUGACCAUCUGCACAGUUUUAUGCUUUAAAAAAUAUCAUACUCCAACAUUUGUUGCCAUCGGGUGCCUUGCAUUUUUCGAUAUGCUUAAUAUCAUCUCGGCGACGUUAGAUACAUUUUCGACUUUGGUAACUUAUCUUGAAAUUCAACAUCUUGUUUUUGAUAGAGCUUUUGGGAGUAUGAUUGCUUAUUUUCUAUGCGAUAUACUUUUAAGCUGUUCAUGUUCACAAAUUGUUUUCCUCUAUAUGAUCAGAUAUUUAUUAACAGUUCAUCCCUUACAGAGCAAGAUAAGACUCACCCCCUCCAUUGUUCUGGCAUGCUCUGUGAUGAUUUUUAUUUUUCUUUCACUGUUUUCAGCUUUCAGAUUAAUAAUAAUAACAACGGUUAUUAAAGAUUUACUUCAUCUAUAUAAAAUCAUUCGUCUUAUCUCCGGGACCUUUUUACUAUACACAUACUAUUUAGCAUUACUCCUCGCAUUUUUGAAUUUCUCUAUGAAUCCUUAUAUACUCUUUUUUGCUUCACUGAUCGUUUGAUAGCAAAACGUAAUCACAAUCAUAAAAGAAGUGAACUGUUGAAGGACUUACUUUCUUUGGAUUGCUACCUUUUGCAUUAACAUUUGUUAUAUACUGAUCUGUGUUACAAUUUAGCAAGGAAUUCAAAAGACUAAUUUUACACCCUUGAUAUAGACACUUUACAUAUUUAUAUGCAUGCCAUUUAAAGUAAUUUUAAAAAUGUCAUUAUGGCUCUUUCUAUUGCUUAACUGCAAAUUAUUACAAUUUAUUUGUUCGUGUCAAGAGUUGGCUCAAUAAAUAAUGCUUUUGAUUUAUCUAAAAAUGUGUUUUCCAUGUGAAUAUACUGAA